CAUCAAAUGCACCGUUGUAGUGGCCACUGUAGUCGUUCGGUUUCCGGCAAAGAACCAAAAUGUCUUCUGUUUCAUAAGCUUUGAAUACGGCAAACAGACCCGUCAUGGUAGGAGGCGGUGCGAGCGGUUUACUGUGAGACACGGCAGUGCCGUUCAGCAUUUAGGGAACAGAGACAUGAAAGCUGGAGCGUGAGACCGCGUCGGCCUAGAGUCACUGUGUUCGGAGAAUUCUCGAUUACUCGCUGUAAGUUCGUUUUACAGAGCCCGUUUAUCCGUUUGAAAGGCCGGUGAACCGUUGGGAUUCUGGAAAGCCGUUUUUGCAGUUUGUACGUGCUGUCCGUUGCUAUUAAAGCGGCGUUAGGUCGGAGACUGCGCUGCCGCCAUAUUGAAACGAACUAGUGACUGACUGGCUGGGACUGAACUGACAAGAGAUCGGACCCAGACUGGGGGGGCUGCUGCUGGUGACGCAGGAAAAACACCCAAGAGCAGACAAAAAUCAAAGGAAGCGAGCUCAUAUUUACAUACAGGUUACAUGCGAUUACAUUCAUAGAACACACGCAUAUGAAAUCAGUCUCCAAUUUGCUAAAUAAAAUCCCGGAGUUGUGAAUAGAAGAAGUCAUCUCUAAUUCCUGGUUAUGCAAUGGUCUCUGCAAAACGCCCUGUGCUCCAGCUGGUUCUCUCAUACGCAGGCGUGCGCCGCUUCUCCGUGCUUGAGGAGGCAGUGAUUUCUUCCCGGGCGACGGCGACAUAAGCGACAAGAUUGCAAAGAUCUGCCCCGUGUCGAGUAUGACAGCCACGACCCGUGGCUCUCCCGUGGGGGGGAAUGACACCCAGGGCCAGGCUCCGGACGGGCAGUCCCAGCCCCCGCUCCCCCAGAACCAGACGUCCUCCCCCAACUCGUCGAAUGAGAACUCCCCGGUGAGCCCGCCGGACGAGCAGGGACAGGGAGACAACCCUCCCCAGCUGGAGGAGGAGGAGCCUGCCUUCCCCCACACCGACCUGGCCAAGCUGGAUGACAUGAUCAACCGACCCCGCUGGGUUGUUCCAGUUUUACCAAAAGGUGAAUUAGAAGUUCUUCUUGAAGCUGCUAUAGAUCUUAGUAAAAAAGGACUUGAUGUCAAGUGUGAAGCAUGCCAGAGAUUUUUCCGGGAUGGCUUGACCAUUUCAUUUACAAAAAUCCUGACCGACGAGGCAGUGAGUGGCUGGAAGUUUGAGAUUCAUAGAUGCAUCAUAAACAACACUCACCGUCUGGUAGAACUGUGUGUGGCCAAGCUCUCUCAGGACUGGUUCCCUCUUCUCGAGCUGCUGGCCAUGGCCAUGAACCCCCACUGCAAGUUCCACAUCUACAACGGUACCCGGCCCUCCGAGACGGUGCCCGCUGGGGUGCAGCUGGCCGAGGACGAGCUCUUCGCCCGCCCGCCCGACCCUCGCUCUCCCAAGGGCUGGCUGGUGGAUUUAAUAAACAAAUUUGGUACAUUAAACGGGUUUCAGACUCUGCACGAUCGCUUCAUGAGCGGCCAGGCGCUGAACGUCCAGAUCAUCGCGGCGCUCAUCAAGCCGUUCGGGCAGUGUUACGAGUUUCUAACGUUGCACACGGUGAAGAAGUACUUCCUCCCCAUCAUCGAGAUGGUUCCCCAGUUUCUAGAAAACCUCACGGAUGAGGAAUUGAAAAAAGAGGCCAAGAACGAAGCCAAAAAUGACGCGCUGUCGAUGAUAAUCAAGUCGCUGAAGAACCUAGCUUCACGGGUACCUGGCCAAGAAGAAACAGUAAAAAACUUAGAAAUUUUUAGGUUAAAAAUGAUUCUUAGGUUAUUGCAAAUUUCUUCAUUUAAUGGAAAAAUGAAUGCACUAAAUGAAGUCAACAAGGUGAUUUCAAGCGUUUCCUACUACACCCAUCGGCAUGGCAACCCUGAGGAGGAGGAGUGGCUGACUGCUGAACGCAUGGCUGAGUGGAUCCAGCAGAACAACAUCCUGUCCAUCGUGCUGAGGGACAGCCUGCAUCAGCCGCAGUACGUGGAGAAGCUGGAGAAGAUCCUGCGCUUCGUCAUCAAGGAGAAGGCCCUGACCCUGCAAGACCUGGACAACAUCUGGGCAGCCCAGGCCGGCAAGCACGAAGCCAUUGUGAAGAAUGUGCAUGACCUCCUGGCAAAGCUCGCCUGGGAUUUUUCUCCUGAGCAGCUUGACCAUCUCUUUGACUGCUUCAAGGCGAGCUGGACAAACGCCAGUAAAAAGCAGCGAGAGAAGCUGUUGGAGCUGAUUCGCCGCUUGGCCGAGGACGACAAGGACGGGGUGAUGGCCCACAAGGUUCUGAACCUGCUGUGGAACCUGGCCCACAGCGACGACGUGCCUGUGGACAUCAUGGACCAGGCCCUCAGUGCUCACAUCAAGAUCCUGGACUACAGCUGUUCCCAGACGUCCUUGCAGGACCGCGACACGCAGAAAAUCCAGUGGAUAGACCGUUUUAUUGAGGAGCUGCGAACCAACGACAAAUGGGUGAUCCCUGCACUGAAGCAGAUUCGGGAGAUCUGCAGCCUGUUUGGGGAGGCGCCUCAGAACCUAAGUCAGACGCAACGCAGCCCGCACGUCUUCUACCGCCACGACCUGAUAAACCAGCUGCAGCACAACCACGCGCUGGUCACCCUGGUGGCCGAGAACCUGUCCGCGUACAUGGAGACCAUGAGGCAGUUCGCCAAAGCCGAGCACUUGGAGUUCGACCCGCAGACGGUGCGGGACGGCAGCCGCUACAGCCACGUGCAGGAAGUCCAGGAGAGACUCAACUUCCUGAGGUUUCUGCUGAAGGACGGCCAGCUGUGGCUGUGCGCGCCCCAGGCCAAGCAGAUCUGGAAGUGCCUGGCGGAGAACGCCGUGUUCCUGUGCGACCGGGAGGCCUGCUUCAAGUGGUACUCCAAGCUGAUGGGCGACGAGCCCGACCUGGACCCCGACAUCAACAAGGACUUCUUCGAGAACAACGUGCUGCAGCUGGACCCCUCGCUUCUCACCGAAAACGGGAUGAAGUGCUUCGAGCGCUUCUUCAAAGCCGUCAACUGCAGGGAAGGGAAGCUGGUGGCCAAACGGAGGGCUUACAUGAUGGAUGACCUGGAGCUGAUUGGGCUCGAUUACCUCUGGAGGGUUGUGAUUCAAGGGAGUGAUGACAUUGCCAGCCGAGCCAUAGAUUUGCUGAAAGAGAUUUACACAAACCUCGGACCAAAACUGCAAGUCAAUCAGGUAGAGAUUCAUGAGGAUUUCAUCCAGUCUUGCUUUGACCGGUUGAAAGCCUCCUAUGACACCCUGUGCGUGUUGGACGGGGACAAAGAUAGCAUUAACUGUGCGAGACAAGAGGCCAUCCGCAUGGUGAGGGUGCUGACUGUCCUGAGGGAGUACAUCAACGAGUGUGACAGUGACUACCACGAGGAGAGGACCAUCCUGCCCAUGUCAAGAGCGUUUCGAGGCAAGCACAUCACCCUCAUCGUGCGCUUCCCGAACCAAGGCCGCCAGGUGGACGACCUGGACAUCUGGUCCCACACCAACGACACGAUCGGGUCCGUGCGCCGCUGCAUCCUGACCAGGAUAAAGGCCAACAGCGCGCACACCAAGAUCGAGCUCUUCAUCGGGGGGGAAAUCGUCGACCCGGCCGACGACCGGAAGUUGAUCGGGCAACUCAAUCUGAAAGACAAAACCCUAAUCACAGCUAAGCUCACCCAGGUCAGUUCCAACAUGCCUUCAAGCCCCGAUAGCUCCUCGGACUCCUCCACUGGUUCCCCCGGAAACCAUGGAAACCACUUCAGCGACGGACCCAAUCCUGAAGUGGAGAGCUGUCUUCCGGGAGUGAUAAUGUCGCUGCACCUGCGCUACAUCUCCUUCCUGUGGCAAGUGGCGGACCUGGGCUGCAAUCUGAACAUGCCUCUACUGCGCGACGGGGCCCGGGUGCUCAUGAAGCUCAUGCCCCCCGAUAACACUACAGUAGAAAACCUGCGAGCCAUCUGUCUGGAUCAUGCCAAGCUUGGAGAAAACAGCCUCAGUCCUACCCUGGACUCCCGCUUCUUUGGCCCCUCCCCCUCCCAAGUGCUCUACCUGACUGAGGUGGUCUACGCCUUGCUCAUGCCGGCCAGCGGCACCCUGGGAGAGGACGCCAGCGACUUCCAGUACAACUUCUUGAAGAGCGGCGGACUGCCCCUCGUACUGAGCAUGCUCACCAGAAAUAACUUCCUGCCCAAUGCUGACAUGGAGACAAGGAGGGGAGCCUACCUCAACACUCUAAAAAUAGCCAAACUGCUCCUGACGGCGGUUGGCUUUGGCCACGUGAAGGCUGUGGCAGAGGCCUGCCAUCCCGUCGUGGAGGGAACCAGCCCCGUGUCACCAAUAAACCAGGCCACGCAUGACCAGGCCUUGGUCCUCCAGAAUGCUCUCCAGAACAUUCCCAACCCGUCGUCCGAGUGCAUGCUGCGCAACGUGGCCGUCCGUCUCGCCCAGCAGAUCUCCGAUGAGAACUUCUUCCAGGCAUCUAAGUACAUCCCAGAUAUCUGUGUGAUCCGGGCGGUGCAGAAGAUCGUCUGGGCGUCUGGGUGUGGCACUGUUCAGCUGGUCUUCAGCUCGAAUGAAGAGAUCAGCAAGAUAUACGAGAAGACGAACGCGGGGAACGAGCCUGACGCGGAGGACGAGCAGGUGUGCUGCGAGGCUCUGGAGGUCAUGACCCUCUGCUUCGCCCUCAUCCCCACGGCCUUGGACACGCUCAGCAAAGAGAAGGCCUGGCAGACCUUCAUCAUCGACCUGCUGCUGCACUGCCAGAGCAAGUCUGUCCGUCAGAUGGCUCAGGAGCAGUUUUUCCUCAUGGCCACCAGGUGCUGCAUGGGGCACAGGCCCCUCCUCUUCUUCAUCACCCUGCUCUUCACAGUUUUAGGUAGCACUGCAAAGGAGAGGGCUAAGCACGCUGGGGACUACUUCACCUUGUUAAGGCACUUACUGAACUACGCGUACAACAGCAACAUCAACCUGCCCAACGCCGAGGUUCUCCUCAACAACGAGAUCGAUUGGCUGAAAAGAAUCAGGGAUGAAGUGAAAAGGACAGGAGAGACCGGCGUGGAGGAGACCAUUCUGGAGGGCCACCUCGGGGUCACAAAGGAGCUGCUGGCCUUCCAGACCCCGGAGAAGAAGUACUACAUCGGCUGUGAGAAGGGCGGAGCCAACCUCAUCAAGGAGCUGAUCGAUGACUUCAUCUUCCCGGCCUCCAACGUGUACCUGCAGUACAUGAAGAGCGGGGAGUUCCCGGCCGAGCAGGCCAUCCCCGUCUGCAGCUCCCCCGCCACCAUCAACGCCGGCUUCGAGCUGCUGGUGGCGCUGGCCGUGGGCUGCGUCAGGAACCUCAAGCAGAUCGUCGACACGCUGACCGACAUGUACUACUUGGGUUGUGAAGCACUUACGGAGUGGGAGUACCUGCCUCCUGUUGGCCCGCGGCCCACCAAAGGCUUUGUGGGCCUGAAGAACGCCGGGGCCACCUGCUACAUGAACUCGGUCAUCCAGCAGCUGUACAUGAUCCCGCCCAUCAGGAACGGCAUCCUGGCCAUCGAGGGCACGGGCAGCGACGUGGACGACGACAUGUCCGGAGAUGAGAAGCAGGACAGCGAGAGCAACGUGGAUCCUCGGGACGAGGUGUUCAGCUAUCACCCUCAGUUCGAGGACAAGUCCUCCCUCAGCAAAUCGGAGGACAGGAAGGAGUACAACAUUGGGGUGCUGCGCCACCUGCAGGUCAUCUUCGGGCACCUGGCCGCCUCCAGGUUGCAGUACUAUGUCCCUCGCGGUUUCUGGAAGCAGUUCCGGUUGUGGGGCGAGCCGGUGAACCUGCGUGAGCAGCACGACGCUCUGGAGUUCUUCAACUCCCUGGUGGACAGCCUGGACGAGGCGCUGAAGGCCCUGGGCCACCCCGCCAUGCUCAGCAAGGUGCUGGGCGGCUCCUUCGCCGACCAGAAGAUCUGCCAGGGCUGCCCUCACAGGUAUGAAUGUGAAGAGUCCUUCACUACGCUGAAUGUAGAUAUCAGAAACCAUCAGAACCUCCUGGACUCAAUGGAGCAGUACGUGAAAGGAGACCUGCUGGAGGGCGCCAAUGCCUACCACUGUGAGAAGUGUAACAAAAAGGUGGACACAGUGAAACGGCUCCUCAUAAAGAAGCUGCCCCCCGUGCUGGCCAUCCAGCUCAAGCGCUUUGACUACGACUGGGAGAGGGAGUGCGCCAUCAAGUUCAACGACUACUUCGAGUUCCCCCGCGAGCUGGACAUGGAGCCGUACACGGUGGCGGGCGUGGCCAAGCUGGAGGGCGACGACGUCAGCCCGGAGAGCCAGGUGAUCCAGAACGAGCCGACGGAGAGCGGCGGCGACGCCCCCGGCAGCUCCAAGUACCGGCUGGCGGGCGUGCUGGUGCACAGCGGGCAGGCCAGCGGCGGGCACUACUACUCCUACAUCGUCCAGCGCAACGGCGGCGACGGCGAGAGGAACCGCUGGUACAAGUUCGACGACGGCGACGUCACCGAGUGCAAGAUGGACGACGACGAGGAGAUGAAGAACCAGUGCUUCGGCGGGGAGUACAUGGGCGAGGUCUUCGACCACAUGAUGAAGCGCAUGUCCUACCGGCGGCAGAAGCGCUGGUGGAACGCCUACAUCCUCUUCUACGAGCGCAUGGACUCCACGGACAAGGACAGCGAGCUGGUCAAGUACAUCUCCGAGCUGGCCCUCACCAGCAAGCUCCACCAGAUCAAAAUGCCGGCGGCCAUCGAGUGCAGCGUGCGCAAGCAGAACGUCCAGUUCAUGCACAACCGCAUGCAGUACAGCCUGGAAUAUUUCCAGUUUAUUAAGAAACUUCUGACCUGUAACAGUGUCUAUUUAAACCCCCCUCCAGGACAAGAUCAUCUUUUGCCUGAAGCAGAAGAAAUAGCUAUGAUUAGUAUUCAGCUUGCUGCUAGAUUCCUGUUUAGCACGGGAUUCCACACAAAGAAACUGGUGCGCGGCCCUGCCAGCGACUGGUACGACGCGCUGUGCAUCCUGCUUCGCCACAGCAAGAAUGUACGCUACUGGUUCGCGCACAACGUCCUGUUCGCCUACGCCAACCGCUUCUCCGAGUACCUGCUGGAGUGCCCCAGCGCGGAAGUGCGGGGCGCCUUCGCCAAGCUCAUCGUCUUCAUCGCGCACUUCUCCCUGCAGGACGGCCCGUGCCCCUCGCCCGCCGCCUCUCCGGGGCCGUCCACUCAGGCCUGUGACAAUUUGAGCCUGAGUGACCACCUGCUGCGAGCCGUCCUGAACCUGCUGCGGAGGGAAGUGUCCGAACACGGCCGCCACCUGCAGCAGUACUUCAACCUCUUCGUCAUGUACGCCAAUCUGGGCGUGCCAGAGAAGACCCAGCUGCUGAAGCUGAGUGUUCCCGCCACCUUCAUGCUGGUGGCCCUGGACGAGGGCCCCGGACCCCCAAUCAAGUACCAGUACGCUGAGCUGGGCAAGCUGUACGCUGUGGUCUCUCAGCUGGUGCGCUGUUGCGAUGUAUCAUCGCGCAUGCAGUCUUCGAUUAACGGUAAUCCGCCUCUUCCGAACCCCUACGGCGACUCGAACCUGUCGCAGCCCAUCAUGCCCCUGCAGCAGCUGGUGGCCGAGAUCCUGUUCGUGCGCACCAGCUACGUGAAGAAGAUCAUCGAGGACUGCAGCAACUCGGACGAGACCAUCAAGCUGCUGCGCUUCAGCUGCUGGGAGAACCCGCAGUUCUCCUCCACCGUGCUCAGCGAGCUGCUGUGGCAGGUGGCGUACUCGUACACGUACGAGCUGAGGCCGUACCUGGACCUGCUGCUGCAGAUUCUGCUCAUCGAGGACUCCUGGCAGACCCACAGGAUCCACAACGUGCUGAAGGGCAUCCCUGACGACAGAGACGGGCUGUUCGACACCAUCCAGCGCUCCAAGAACCACUAUCAGAAGAGGGCCUACCAGUGUAUAAAGUGCAUGGUGGCCCUCUUCAGCAACUGCUCAGUGGCCUACCAGAUCCUGCAGAGUAACGGCGACCUGAAGAGGAAGUGGACGUGGGCGGUGGAGUGGCUGGGGGACGAGCUGGAGCGCCGGCCCUACACGGGGAACCCCCAGUACACCUACAACAACUGGUCCCCGCCGGUGCAGAGCAACGAGACCUCCAACGGCUACUUCCUGGAGCGCUCGCACAGCGCCCGCAUGACCCUGGCCAAGGCCUGCGAGCUCUGCCCUGAGGAGUGUCACUUAACGAAGCACGAGGCGGUGUCUGAAGAAGAUGCCGCGCGGAAAUCGUCCUCGCCACAGCGGCUUUUGCCCGGGGAAGGGACAGGACAGCCGAAGCACACUGAGCCUGAUGAGCAGGAAGCUCCUGAUGAGCAUGAGUCCUCCCCACCUGAAGACACCACCCUCUACCCCCACCCCCCGGCAACACAGUUUCCGCAGAAUAACCACCCGCACGGCCAGCCGUACACGGGCCCGGCAGCACAACACAUGAACAACCCCCAGCGCCCCGGCCAACGAGCACAAGAGAACUGGGAGGGCACUGAGGAGGUGGCCCCCGCCCAGACAAAGGAGUAGCGCAGGCUGCCCCGUGCCCCGCUUGGUCCUCCUCUGAGACGCCCCACUGAGACACUUACCCAAGUGCAAGACCUGGCCUUACAGCUCCACGCCUCUCUGGGGCCUCUUCGGGGCCUCUCUGGGGCCUCCCUGGGGCCUCUCCGGGGCCUCCCCGGGGCCUCUCUGGGGCCUCCCUGGGGCCUCUCUGGGGCCUCCCUGUCCAUAGUUCCACUUUGUAUUUAACCUGGAGUGGAGAGUCUAUUCACUGUCUGCCCUGCAGAGUUAUUGCUGUCCAAACGAUAUAACCCACCUGCAGUGGAUCUAGUGUUGUAGUGAAGCAGGCCUGAUGCUCGUGUGUAAAUGGCGGAGGUGUACAUAGUAAGUUACUGUCUCACUGUUUUCUUCCCUCGGCUGGACUGCUCGUCCGCUGGUGGAAAGACUUGCUGAGUUUCUGAAAACAAAAGUAUGGGGGGUUAAAAAAAAAAAGAAUAUUUAAGAAAAGACAAAAAAAAAACCUUUUUUGCUUUAUGGUCUGUGCGCAGCCGUGAGGUUUGGUGUGCCUGUGGGCAGUUUGGGUUUGUUCAGUUCUUGGAGGGCAAGCGCAUUCCCCAUGUCAAGCACUCGAACCAUGAGCCAUGCCAAAAUCAACUCUCCAGCUGGAGUUGUUUUUUUGCGUGGUGGGUAUGUUGGAGAUAGCUGGGUUAAUUUUAUGACAUUUGAUUGAUGUGGAAAAUGAUGUUACAUCGUUCUAGACCUCUCAUUGCCUUUCUUGUUCUGGUAUUAAUUGAGUCCUUUUGAAGCUGUAGUUCAUAUGCUGUAACAUUUAGCAUGGCUUCACACCAGACUAGUGUAGCCCAGAUAUAUGAUCAUAACAUAACCACAGCUGUGGUGUCCAAUUCACAGUUAUUUUCCGAGCAGCCCCUUUUUUUGACGUGGGGAGGGGGGAGGGCGUUAGAUGUUUUUUUAUUUAUUUUUUUCCCCACACUUUCAUUCUUACACAGCAGUUGCGACAUUAGGACCCAACAUAACACAAGCGGCUUCUCAGUUGUGCGCAUAUUCCUGGUAUUGGACGCUCUGGCAGUCUGUUUUGGUGGGACAGUAGAGCAGUUUUCCCUGAUGAGACUUUCGGAGAGUGACAGGUAUAUAUGCAACACUCUGCUAUGCGCAGCUGCCUGGGGCAUAGCAGACUGUACUCCGCGUGCUUGCGUUCUGCUUUUGCUAGAUCAGUCGCUAGACGAGCGCCUAAUCACCCGUUACUGCGUAGUACUGGAGGGAGCGGUCUCUUCACACAGGGCAGGCAUGGUCUUAGAACUCUUCAUUCUGGGGGAUUAGAAAAAUAUGAAGCAGGGUUGUAUCAUAAAAUAACUGCUGGUUAGUCAUGUUGCAACUGUUAAAGGUCUUGCUAAGUACGGCAUCGUUCUUUAGGAUUUAAAGGAAAAUGGGUAAAUACUGUAUUUAAUUGGUAACUUGAAUGUGUGGUUCCCCCCCCCCCUCCCUCCUCUCCUGGAAUUUUGUCAGAAAUACCAAAUACCCCCUGCAAAAUAUAAGAAUCAGCCCACCAUAUUAUAUUUAAAUAUCUUGCCGUUUUAUUUUAUAGAAAUUAUUUUGCUGAAUUUCUCAAAGUAGAAUUUGAUUUAAGAGGAACAUUUUUGUCCUUGGUGUUAUUUUUAAAGAGGAUAUUGACUGUACAGAGUUCUGCACCCUCUUUUGGCCACGGUGUGACGUUGAAUUCUGGAGCUCCAGUCGCAAUGGGGACUUUCACUUUGUGGGGUUAUUUUGUGCACAGAAAUAUAACGUAAAAACGACCAUUUGCGCCCCUUAGCAAGAAUAAAGAAAAUGGAAUCUUCACACUGUAACUGUCUCAUAUUUUAUUUAUGGUACAUUGUAAAUACUUUGUGCACGUAAAGAAACAAAAUAACAUAACGGAUUAUCGAAAAAAACAAGGAGCAGCAAAUCCAUGGAAAGAGGAGACUUGCCCAGUGUGCUGAAGAUAUCAUUUGAAAAAAAAACCCAUGGAUUUGCCAAGGAUUAGCCGGAAAAGUAUGCCAAACUAAAAACCAGUGGCCUAUAUAGACGUGGGUUUUCCCCCACAGUGAUGUGGAAGCCUGAGGAUUCUGCUGCCCGGAGCAAAGCAUUCUGGGAGAAGAGGAGGGUGAGCUGGAGCUACAGCGGGGAGAGGUGCGCUGCAGCCAUCCAAGAGCCCAAGGGGUGUGUAGCUUCAGCGUCCAUGGCUUUGUACAGAGACUGUUCCCCCGCUCCCUACCCACAAUGCACUGCAGGCUGUUUUCCUCACAUUCUUCCUUCAGGGGACAAAAAUGCUUCAUUGUUUUAGCCUGUAAGGUCUUACCAUUUUUCCUUUCAUUUUUACUUUUUCUUUUGGUUGGUUGUUUUUUUUUUUUUUUUUUGUAAGUGUUAAUUGGAUCAGAUGAUUGCCUUCAGACUUUUUUGUUUGUUUUAAAUAUUCUACAGCUUUUUUUUGUGAAAAAUGCAUGGAUGAUAAAAAUCCCUUGAUCUGCCUUAGAGCACUGUACAAACCCAGCACACUGUAAAAUUAUACUUUAAAAAUGAAAAUAAAUAGUAUUUGAAUUAUU